AUGGUGGCGAAUUCCGGCAGUUUCAUACAAAGCGGUUCACUGCACGGGAAUGUCGUCGAAAUACUACCAAAACAGCUCUACUUCGCCUCGUUCAGUGCACCUCCGCUUAAGACUGACCCUCAAGUGCGAUACAUCGAUUUGGACAACCGAGUCCACUACGAGCCCUUCUACGGUGACUUCGGUCCACUCAAUCUAUCCGUAUUGUACAGAUUUACUCGAUACCUCAACGGGUUGAUUGAGACACAACGCAAAAGAAAGAUCGUGGUGUACACAGACAGCGAUGAGCGGAAUCGUGUAAAUGGCGCAUACAUCAUGGCGUCAUACUUGAUAAUUUAUCAUGGAGUAACAGCAGAUGCUGCCUACCUUCGCUUAGAAGCUGCACAACCUCCGAAGUUCAUCGGUUUUCGUGAUGCCGCUCUUGGUGAACCAACAUAUCUGUUGCAUUUGCAUGAUGUGCUCAGGGCUGUAGAGAAGGGACUGCAUCACAAAUGGUUCGAUAUCAAUACUUUUGAUGCGGAAGAAUACGAGUUAUAUGAACGUGUUGAGAAUGGGGACAUGAACUGGAUCAUACCUGGAAAGAUCUUGAGCUUUUGCGGACCUCAUAAUGAAUCACGGAUUGAAGAUGGAUAUCCAUACCAUUCACCGGAGACGUAUUUCGACUACUUUCGUGCAACAAAUAUAACGACAAUAGUGCGGUUGAAUAUGCGAAUGUAUGAUGCGAAAAAAUUCACAGACGCCGGAUUCGAACAUGUAGAUUUAUUCUUCAUUGACGGAAGCACACCAUCUGAAGAGAUUGUGGAAAAGUUUAUCAGUGUUGUAGAUAAAGCCAAAGGAGCUGUUGCAGUACACUGCAAAGCUGGGCUAGGGAGGACUGGAACGUUGAUUGCUUGUUGGAUGAUGAAAGAAUUUGGCUUGAACGCAGCAGAAUGUAUGGCUUGGCUACGGAUAUGUAGACCAGGAAGCGUUAUUGGACCUCAGCAAGAAUACCUCGUAGCGAUGCAGAAAUUUUGCUGGUCUAUGUCACAAAAUAACGUUGUACAAAAAGCACGUAGACAUCAAGAAGUCGGUUCAGAAAAGAAAUCCGUUAAGAAACUCGUAUCAAAGGUUGACGAAAUUCGACUUUCUCAUCCCGUUCGUAACGUAGUUAACGGAGAAAAUAUUCUACCUCGUCCGCGUCCAAACAUUCUUCCACUUCGUGGAAGGUCGAAGAAGUCAGUAGAUGCAAACGGAAAUCCAUCACAAUCACCAGGGAUCACUUCUGAGACAGCAUUGGAUUCCUACGGGCGUUCGCAAGGUGAUCGCUUGUUAGCUAUGAAAGUACGCAGUCAACAUGCUCCUCAUAUGUCCCCAUCAGUUCACUCCUCCCAUUUGCCGUCAAUAAGUGAUAGCAACCAUCUUUUUCCUGAGACAACUUCUAUCUAUUUGAAUGGUCGGGCCAGUGGUGCAAGCCCGUGUUCUUAUUCUCCUGCUUUCUCUACAACGUCGCGAUCUUCUGCCGCCACCUCAUCUGUCGCUUCGCCACGCUUCUCUUCGCCAACCACACCAAUCAAGCCAUUAGCGGCGCCAAGCCCCUCGUUAUCAUCUCCAUCGUCGAGGGCGCGUAUAGCUGCACGGAAUCUGACGGCAGCCAUUCCUCCACCACCGAUUUCUCGAGUAAUAGUAGCGGCUGGGAAAGGAACUGUGAAAGGAGUAGCACUGCCUAGUAAGAGUUCAUCGUCGUUAAGGAGACUUGCAGCUGGGGCCCGUCUUCGGCCGUAUCCUACACAGGGAACUCGCGUUGAAAUGGCACCGACUCCUGAUGCUCCAACAUCUGUCUACGAUCUUCGAUCUCGUUUCGCGCUAUACGCUCAUAAAAACACACUACCAGAAGCUGCAUUACGACUUCCUGCCAACACAGAUGCACUUAUUGGUAGUAGAAAGAAGAAACAACUUUCUUGA